CUGUCAGGGCAGAAAAUUGCAAUUGCACCGAACGGACGACGAGCGAAACAAAAACGAAAAAUCACAAACAUUUCACUUGUUUAAUAAAUCUAUUUACUUAACUGCACAGCAGUCGAAUUAGGCUAAAAGCGCUUCAAGGUAAUCGUAUCAAAUUGUUGAACGCCAAGAAACGCGCACAGCUCGUUGAAGGCGCGCGCGUUUGGGAAAAAACGCGUUGCGUUCUUUUCAUUUUGCUGUAUGUGAGAGACUUCUUCGACACAACACACACAUAAAUACACACAAACACAGACUCGCCAGCAACAGCAACGAAAACGACGGUCGGUUGGUCGGUUGGUCGGUCGGUCGGUCGAGACGAGGCGAGUGAAAGUGUCUCCACCACGGAAGUGCAUCUGUGAUUUGUAUAAUAAUGCGUCGCACAUACUCAAAUUUUUGUUACGCGAAAAGCCAUGGCUACGUUUUAGCCUAAUUGACGUAGGGGCUCAAUGUUAAGAAGUGUGACCAAAAAUAAAUACAAAUAAAAUAUAUAAAAAAUACAAAUUUCUAAAAUUAAAUAAACAUGGCUGAACAAGUGGAAAAGGCAUUGACGUACAUCAAGACAAUGCCUGCUACCACCACGUUACAGGUGCCAGACGCAGAAGAUGCAGCAACAACUUGCAUGAAUUGUUGCAGCAACGAGGACGACGCCAGUCCCAGUUGCAGCGGCAGUAGCAGCGGCAGCGGCAGCGGUAACUCUAAGCCGAAGGGUGCCAAGGCCAAAAUCCGUACCAGCAGCAUCGAUGCGAAUGUAGUGGCUGCCGCCGAAGCUGUUGUCAACGGUGAACUGGACGCCGCCUCUUGCUAUCAUGUGAGCAUGAAAAUGUCCAUUGAUGCGGCCACCCCGCGCAUUUGUGGCGACAACAUGCCGCUGAAAUGUGAUGCAUUGGCGGCAAUGCGAGAGGCGCUCAGCGCCAACAAGCCAUUGCCGCUCCAAUCGAAGCAGGCAGGUACUAAAGCCAGCCAGCACCCACCACCGUGUCAGCUGCUGGAGCGUCUCAAUUUUCCCGAGGGCAACAUUAUAAACACGCUGCACACGAUACUGGCGCUGCCGCCGUUCGAUCCGUACGCGCCAGCGCCAAAAUCGGAUGUAGUAUACAAGGAAGUCGUUACGCUAAUGCAAUGGAGCUUGCGCGAGGACAAUGUCAUUGAGAUGGAGCUAAGCGAUAAGUUGCUCCACGAAUGCAAGCCCAAAAGCAAUGAUCCAAACGAGGAAAGGCGCUCGUAUUUGAUGGCUAUUGAGAAUAUGCGUUUAUUCUCGGAGGAUCCAAAGAUCAAUCCAUUGCGCAGUGCCGACGGACAUCAUCGUGCAAUUACGCUUUAUUUUCAGAAUCUUGCCUUGAUAUUUGUUAAACAUUGUAAGGAGGAAUUCUUUACAUUUUGUUCCUGCAAGGAAUGUCUCGAAUAUCGCGAAACAAUUAUGGCCAUUAUGAUGGAUCAAUUUAAGGCUGCCCACAUGGUUGUCAUGCUGCUCGAUGUGCUUAUUAAGGCAUACAGCCCCAUGUUGAAAAAUGAUGCUGCCUAUAACAAAUUUGAGAAGCUAUUGGAGUCCAAUAAGCAAAUCUAUUGGAUUACAAGCGGCUUUCUCUACGAUAAAAAUGCCGAAUAUCUUGAUUUUAUUGAUGAUACUGCGAUCUCUGAUAAUAUGAUAUUAGUGCUAUUCAGCGCCAUACUGAUGGCCAAUAAUCCGAUGCUGCUGCUACAAAUACUCGCCUAUAAUGUUGAGUGCAUUGUUAAGGCUUUUUCCGAGGGCAUGAUCGAAAUUGCUCAAAAUGUGCAGGAGAACGAGAAGAUAUCUGCCGAAAAGAUGCUCACAUAUUUAUUGGACGGCUACUCCGAUUUGAACUGCAUCUCACAGAAGAUUUCACUUAGCCUGUUCGCAUUUGAGAACGAUUUUCUGCGCAAGUUCAAGCUCUCCUGGGUGCUUUUGUGUCAGCGACUCUUUCAGCAACAUGUGUUCAAUCCGCUGGGCGACACCAUGCUCGCAUGCAUAUUAUCGCUGAAGGAGGGCGAGGGCUCAUCUCAGACAUCGGCGCUGAUCAAACGCUAUAUGCUGUUCGAUGAGCAUAUGCACUCCAUUGAGCGCCGCUGGACGGACAUUUGGAUGGAGCUAAACAAGUUCAACUUGUCGCCGACGGAGCACGAUCGUCGCAUGGGCCUGCUCGAUGUGUAUAACAUAUUCGAUAAGGUCGUUAUGGAUGCCACUUCCUUUUCACUGCCGGAUAUCAGUGAUGAUGAGUUCAUAGAUUUUCAGCGUAUUGUUGAUCGUCAGCUGGCUUGGAAGAAUAUAAUGGCAUUCACCAAGCUUAAAUGGCCCGACGGUUUCUACGAUCCGCCAAACAAGCUGGUGCACGAGGACCUAUGCAAGAAGUGUAAUGCAAUGCUGGAACACCAUAAUGAGAACUGCAAAUGCAUUACUUGCUCCAUUGCUGGUACACCUCUAAUGCCUCGACAAGCCGGCCAUUGUGCCAAGUGCACAACACUCGGCAUUGUUGAGAAAGACGCCAAGCUGAUGAAAUCGAAAAUUUUGAGCACCUGUACGAGCGAUGAGGCCAAACAUAAUGUGGCUGCUAGCACAAGCGCCGCAGCUGCGGCAGCAGCCGCACAACAGCGCCGCAGCAGCGAUCAACCGUCCGAAGCAGCUGCAGCUAUCUGUAGAAGUGGGGAUGAGCCGAGUGGUGUAACGUUGCGUCGCCAGGAAAUGGAUACCGCAUUGCGCACCACAUAUCACGUGGCAUGGGCUGUGUUUCAGCAUCUGGCCACGCGUAAACGCUAUCGCUAUGAUACCAUCGAGCCGCAGUUCUUUUGCGGAGAAAACUGCCGAGUCUCUGCUUGCCAGCUGGCACGCAAGAUCCUUGCCAAUGAACUUUCGCCGCCACUAACCAAGCAUCUAUUGCGAUGCUUCCAGCCGUUGUCAUUUUCGCGUGAGGAGCUGCGCACCACGCUGCCAUCGUUGAUGUUCUUCAAUCGCAAGCUGGCACCUAGUCCCGCGGAACUGCAGGAGCUCAAGAAUCAGCACUAUGUCUACAAGACCUACUGGACCUUUGUGCUGUCGAUCUAUGCCAAUUUCUUUGUCAAGUUCAAUUCCUCAGCUACGGACUUUAAGCAUCUGGAGCUGCUCAAGGGUGAUUUGCGCUUGCGUCCAAACAGCGUGGUCGGUGACAAGGACGAUGGACGUUUCGAGCAGUUUUUGGCGCAGGUCAUUGGCUACUCGCCUUUCAAGAUUACGGACGACUUCACACUCGGCGACGCCAACAUCGAGAAAAUGCAAUUUGGCGUGGAUCAUCUGAUGAAGCUGCAUGACUCGCAAAUGAUCAAACGUGGUAAGCCGGAUAGCACCACAAAUCUGGCAAACAAGUCGAAGAUAAACGAAACGACGCAGACGGGCGCCGGCAACGACUCGAACAACUCCAAGAAAUGCAAGGAAAAGAUGCGUAAAUGCUGUGCUGACUACGCGGAUAUUGGGGAGCCCUGCAAGGAGAACCACUCGAAAAAGCGUGUCAAGAAGGAGUGCAAUCAUGCGCGCUUUAACGAGACGCGCGAUCGCUUGCGUAAGAAACUCACACAGAUUGUCAAUGAUCGGAAGAGCAAGAGUGGCCAGGAAGCGUCGGCGGUGGCCAAACCACAGGUGCCAAAGGUGCAAGCCGUCGAGCCAGCUGCAACUAAAAGGGCGGAUCCAGUGACCACACAGCAGCCGCCCACACUUAAGGUAGUUGCCUCGGCGCAGGUGCAGGCGGCCACACGUAAAAUGCCCGCUGCAGCAGCGGCAGCAGCUGCUGCUGCCGCCGCGGCGGCACUCAACGAAAUUGGCGAGAAUAUUGAGGAUGGCGAUAAUAGUCUGCUCUGUUUGGACAGUCUCUGCAAGAGCAUACAGAUGCACACGGAUGCCACGGCUAGCGGCAGUGGCAGCAGCAGCGCUGGUAGCUUGCCCGCCGACCUAAGCAAUUACAGCAAAGAGGAAAUGAUGCAGGAUUUUGCCGAAUUUCUGGGCAGCUAUACACGCGAACAGGACCAAAAGCGCUGGAUCAAUGAGACGCUUAAUUUCAUUGAAGGCAAACCGCAACAGCCACAAACGACAAAUCCCAAGAAGGCAGCCAAAAAAGCUAAGCAAAAGCAGCGCAAGGAGGAGGAGAAACGCAUCAAGGAACUGGAGGAUUUGCGCGGUCAGUUCCUCGAUAUCUAUUUCAAGGAAUUCAUUGACAAAUAUGAAAUGAAAACCUUAACGGCUGCUGGCGGCCGCAAACGCGAAAAGAAACGCAUUGCCGAACUGGAGACCAACAUUAAGAAUCUGCAGCGUGCCAAGGCCAAAGUGGAAACGGUUAUCUUGGAGCUUAUUGCUACUGUUAAGCAGGCGAACAGCGAAUUUAAGUUCUCUUAUCUGCCCACCAAGGAGCAGCAAUUAGCCAAGCUGGCUCAGCUAGACGAGAUUUUAAAGGGUGGUCUUAUGAGUACAACAAUGGAUCCAUUACCACCACCAGCGGCAGCUGCUGCCACAGCGGCGCAUUACCCCAAUUUUAUCAGCUCAGCCGCCUACUUUCCACCCCACAUUGGUUCAUCGCACACACCAGUGUGCUAUGCCCCACCUCAUCCGCAACAACAGCAGCAGCAACACUUGCCGCGUGAUGUGAUCGCCGCCAUGGCGGCCAACGCCAUAACUGCUGAUCCAUCCAAGCGCAUCGUCACCAUACGUCGAGUACAGCUGCCGCACGCCGGCGGCGAGCAGCAGGUGACCGUUGUGGCGAAGGGCAGCUCGCCGGAUGAGGACAAGCUGCUCUAUACCUUUGUCAAUGGUCACAUGGUGGCCUCUGCUGUCCAGCCAAUGACAAGGAACUCAGCGCCGGUUGCACCAGCUGCGGCGCCUAUGCCAGAGAAGAGCGCUAAGGCCAAGAAAAAGGAGGCUAAACGGGCAGCCGCAGCAGCAGCCGCCGCCACUGCUGCUAAUGCUGAACUGGAGGCAAAAUCAAAGAAUAAAAAACCAAACAAAAAGGCAGCGCCAACAGCAAUCGCAUCCAGUUCUAGCUCCGGCAGCAGCAGCUCCAAGUCGCAGACGCCGCAAAGCAGCGCCGUCAAUACGCGCGAGAACUCUGUAUGUAGCAUCAAGCCCAAGGCAACGGUAAACAAGAAAACGGCGGCCAAGAAUGCCAACAAAAAUGUGGUCGAAGUGCCGCCGCUCAAACAAAUGCCAGUGCAGGCGCAGGCACAGCCCGAAACGGCGCCGGCGCCGGAGUCUGUUAAAAGACACAAACGCCUAAAACCACGUCUGGAUCAGGGUCAGCUAGAUAACAAUCCGUUCAAAUCCUUGCAUGUGCAGGACUCUUCGGAUGGUGAGUGGGAAACGGGCAGCGAAGCGGAACAGUAUGUGGAGCCGCCAGUGGUGUUACCGCCGCCGCCGCCAGUGAAAACACAAGUCAAGCAAGCCAUUGCGCCCAAGCCAGCGGCAGCUAUGCCAAAUUCCAAGCAAAAGCCGGCGGCGCCUAUCAAGAGGUCUAAAGCUGAGGCACCGCCACCUCGUGCGCAGGCACCUCAGCAGCAGCAGCCAAACAAAUCGACGACAGCGCCAGCUGCUAAUCAGCGCAAGCAAACGUCACAGCAGCAGCAGCAGCCGCCGCAGCCGGCGCAGGCUAAGAAUCAAAGCCAGCGUGCGUCCGAGUCGCAUCUAAAUGGCAGCACGCGCAAGUCCAAAUCCAGUCAUGGACAAGGACUUACGCAGACAGCGGACAGAAACGGCCAAGCGGUCAAUGGGCAUCGCGUGUCGCAAUCCCGUGGCGGACGAGGCAGUGGGCGCUCCAAGCCAGCAAAUGGCAGCCAGCAGUCACAGCAGCAUGUGAACAGCAAUAGCACCUGCUCCUCGAACGCCGCGGAGGGCGGCGGACAGAGUUCGAAGCGUUCGCAGCGCGGCAAGCGCGGACAUCGUGGUCAGAAACAGGAGGAUCUCUCGGGCAUACCCCAUAACAUGGGCUAUUUCAAUCCCAACGAAGUUGCCAUACCACCGCCGCUGCCACCGCAUGCCGGCAGCUAUGCCAGUACGCUGGUCCAACAAAUGCAGCAUCUGCGCAUUGGCAGCGGCUCUUCCAGCAAGCAGCAGCAACAGCAGCAGGCCAAUUGCAGCAUUAUGGAUCAGUUAAACCGCGGUGUACAGGUGGAGCAUCUUUCACUGCCGCCUGGCAUAACGCUAACUAAGGUGGAUCCAGCCAAAAGCGAACAAUUGCGCCAAAAAAGCGAGUCCAUACGAAAGCUAUCCAAACCUUUGUCUGAGCAGCAGCCGCAGCAUCACUCGCUGCAGCAACAUCAGCAUCAGGCACAUCUCAUGGGCGGCUACUAUGCGGGCAAUGCGGCGGGCAUGGAUACCGCCGGUGGCGUCAUAAUGGUGGAGGCCAAUCCGCGCCUGAAUCGCCCUAACUGCCAGCCGCUAAAUGCGGCGCCCAAUGGCAAUAACAAUGUGGCAGCUGCAGCUGCUGCUGCCACUGCCAGCGGUAAGUCUUCGCGCCGACGUCGCCGCAACCGUGGCAAGUCGGGCGGCAAUGGUGUGGGCGGUGGCGCCGCUAAUCUUGGCAACAAGCAGCAGCGUUCUGGCAACUUAGAUAGCCAGCAGGCACAGCAGCACACGCUCAGCCCAGCGCCCAUUAUGGAGGCGAGUGCUGGUGGUAGCAUCAUAACGCUUCGUAACCCCAUGUUCCAUCAGGGCGUCAACAAUGGGCCUGUGCCGGGUGCCAUGUUGCCCAAUCUGAAUCCCAUUCCGCCAGUUCGGGCUUAUGGCGCAGCUCUGCCAAUUGCCGCACCGAUGCCCAUGGAUCAACCGGCCGCGAUUAUUAAAAAUGAGAACGGCAUGUUCACCAUACGCAAUCCGGCGUUGCAUCAGGCUGUCACCAAUGGCCUGGCCAUGGGUGGUUAUCGCCAGUUCGGCAGCAAUGUCAACUACUACACGCCACAGGAGGCGGUGGCCGAGGCGGCGCGUGCCACACAGCAGAAGCUAUCGUCGCCGCCAUUAGUUGUCACACCCAGCGGCAGCGGCGGCGGCAACGCUCCAACUCCGAAUCCAUCAACAGCUCCAGCCGCGCCCACCAAUUUCUCAUACUUUUCCAGUGGCUCAGCCAGUGGCGGCAGCAGCAGCAACAGCAGCAGUGGCGGCGGUGGUGGCAUUGUCGACACGCACAACAAUAUCAGUAUUAGCUGCACAAACGUUUCCCUAGGCAGUCCUGGUCGUCUGGUGGGUGAUGCGGCUGUCAUUGCUCGACCGAAGCAGGCACAGAAAUGUUUGUCUGCCAUUGGUAGCGAGCUGAAGCAGAAGACCAAAGACAACAACUCGUCCGCGUCGAGCCACUGGUCCAGCUUUGGCCAGCCAACAGCAUCGGAGUUUGGUGCCGCCGGUCCAGCGGGCUCCACGCUCCAGGAGAAAUACCAACAAUCGAGCUAUUACAAUGGCUUUGAGGUGUUCCCCUCGUCUGUGGCAGCUGGUGGCGCCGGGCCUGGUGCUCCUGGUGAUUGUCACAUGCAUCAUAAUUGUGGCGAUGAUUCGCCGCCGCCAACGAUCACCGGUUUCAAUUCCUAUCUUGAGGGCAUACCAAACACUGGCGUCAUACGCUAUGACGAUGCGGCGUUCCUCAAGAAUUUGAUACCGGGCCAGCAUCUCAACAACGAGGUCUCCAUACACAACAUAUCGGAGUCCAACUUUACGCGCAACAACACAUCCCCAUCGCCGCACCACGUGGAGAUAACAACCGUGUUUGGCAAUCGCUCGUGCUCCACGAAUGCCUACGAGCAACAGCAGUCAGCGCAGACUAGCGCCUGCAACAGCUACUGCGACAAUGUGGCCGCCGAUUUUGGUAGUGACUCCAGCCACCUGUUUGUGCAGGGCAAUAUGCUGACACGUUUACCACAACCGUCUGCGGCGGCGGCACAGGAUCCCUUUGGCUAUGACUUUGAGCCGGCGCCUGGCUCAAAGCCCGCCAGCGUCGGCAGCGAUCUGAAUGAAUUCUUGCGUCGCAGUCCGCACAGCCAGCGCACGUCCCCUUACAGUCACGACGAGAAUGUGGCACUCGAGGCAUUUGUGCAGAACAUGAGCGCCCUUCAAAUAGCCAGCGCCGCGGCUAGCGAUGCGGAACAGUGUGCGCGUCUAAAUGGAGCAGCAGCCGCUGCGGGAGAUGCGGCCGUGGCAGAUGCAACAGCGGGUGGCGGUGGAGUUGGUGCUACUUGGUGGUAAAGUGGCAAUGACCAUGACAACUGUUGCUUCAAUGUCAACAAUACAAACACAAACACACACACACAUCCUUCACAUACAUCCGCGCGCCCGUGUUGGCCAACAUAACGCAAACAUUUCAUUGAUAAGGCGAAAACAAAAAUACAAAAAAAAA